GCGCGGCGGGGCGGGGCGGGGACAGCGCGGGUCUCGAAGCCGCCUGCAGGGGGAGCCCGUGAGCGGAGCGGCCGGAGCGGAGCGCGAGCGGCCGCCGAGACAGCGGGAGCCGGCGCGCGAGCGGCAGGUGCCCCGGGUGCUGACGCUGAGCUGAGCCAAGAUGCCGCGGGAGCCGCUAGAGAGGGCCUGGUUUCUGGAGACUCGGAGUUGGCUGUGAAAAAACCCUUGGGGAGCCCCCCACUCCCCAGCACGGACGCUCUUGGCUCCUGUGAGAAGGGGGCUCCGGGGCCUGGGCAGGGCCGGCUGCGCUGCAGCUAUGGACCGUGAGCUGGCCUGGCCCGCGUCCUUGCUGACCCUGCCCGUCUGCAGCCAUGCCCACCGUGGGCUCCUUGGUGUACAUCAUGGUGGAGCUGGCCAUCGCUCUGCUGGCCAUCCUGGGCAACAUGCUGGUGUGCUGGGCCGUGUGGCUGAACAGCAACCUGCAGAACGUCACCAACUACUUUGUGGUGUCACUGGCAGCGGCCGACAUCGCUGUGGGGGUCCUUGCCAUCCCCUUCGCCAUCACCAUCAGCACAGGGUUCUGUGCCGCCUGCCACGGCUGCCUCUUCAUCGCCUGCUUCGUGCUGGUCCUCACGCAGAGCUCCAUCUUCAGCCUCCUGGCCAUCGCCAUUGACCGCUACAUCGCCAUCCGCAUCCCACUCCGAUACAAUGGCUUGGUGACCGGCACGAGGGCCAAGGGCGUCAUUGCAGUCUGCUGGGUGCUGUCGUUCGCCAUCGGCCUGACGCCCAUGCUGGGCUGGAACAACUGCCAUCACUGGGGGGAGGGCGAGAACCAGUCGCAGGGCUGCGGCGAGGGCCAGGUGGCCUGCCUCUUUGAGGACGUGGUCCCCAUGAACUACAUGGUGUACUACAACUUCUUUGCUUGCGUUCUGGUGCCCCUGCUGCUCAUGCUGGGCGUCUACUUGCGCAUCUUCCUGGCGGCGCGGCGACAGCUGAAGCAGAUGGAGACCCAGCCUCUGCCGGGGGAGCGGGCUCGGUCCACGCUGCAGAAGGAGGUCCACGCCGCCAAGUCGCUGGCCAUCAUCGUGGGGCUCUUCGCCCUCUGCUGGCUGCCCCUGCACAUCAUCAACUGCUUCACCUUCUUCUGCCCCGAGUGCCCGCACGCCCCGCUCUGGCUCAUGUACCCGGCCAUCAUCCUCUCCCACUUCAAUUCCGUCGUGAACCCCUUCAUCUACGCCUACCGCAUCCGCGAGUUCCGCCACACCUUCCACAAGAUCAUUCGCAGUCACAUCCUGAGGCGGCAGGAGCCCUUCAAGGCAGGGGGCACCAGUGCCCGGGCCUUGGCAGCUCAUGGCAGCGAUGCAGAGCAGGUCAGCCUCCGCCUCAACGGCCACCCUUCUGGGGUGUGCCCCAAUGGCAGCGCCCCCCAUCCUGAGCGGCGGCCCAAUGGCUAUGCCCUGGGGCUGGUGAGUCGGGCGAGUGCCCGCGAGUCCCCUGGAGACACAGGCCUCCCAGAUGUGGAACUCCUCAGCCACGAGCUCCAUGGGGCGAGCCCAGAGUCCCCUGGCCUCGAGGGGCCCCUGGCCCAAGACGGAGCGGGAGUGUCCUGACGACUCCCCGUGUCUGCCCCUUCCUAAGGGAAGGGGGCCUUUCUCUUUCUGGUUGGAGGAACCGCUCACGUUGGGAGAUGAGUGCAUGUGCCGGGAGACUCUUCUCGAGGCCAGUUCCUGCCGCGGACUGAGAGAAGGGAGCCCCGGCUGGAGCAGCAUGAGGUCCAGCAGGAAGGUCUGGCAUCCAAGGAGGUGGACGCAUCAUGCUGGGAGGGCCUGCACGAGGCCAGGGCCGCGGCACCAGGGCAUCUUGGCUGGGUAGGCCCGGUCCCCGACUCCAGCAGCACGUAGAAGUGCCCCCUGGUCUCUGCAGAGCAGCCGUGGCGGAGCAGGCUGGCCGGCCCUGAGGCUGGGGAGUGGCCCCGAAGGCCCCCCGCCACACACGCACCACCCUCCCCAGACUUUCCCAGGUUCGGGAGCUGCUGUGUCCAGAGGUGGCAUUUGACUAUUUUUGACCAGGAGAAAAUGUAAGCGCGAGGAAAUCCUUUUUAUUGUAUUAUCUUCCCUCCCUGGCUGCUGGGUCUGUUGUCAGUCCUGCUGCUAACCUGGCACCAGGAGUGGCCAGGGAGUCCCAGGCAGCCCUCUCCGGCUGCCGUGAGCUGCCAUGUGCUUCUCACCCGUCAGUCCUGAGGCCACCUCUUGGGGUGACAAAGCUGGGCUUGGUGACAGGAAGUUGUAAUGGAGCGGUGCCAGAGUGCGGGCUCAGGGAGCAGGUUGGGGCUGGCUGGCAUGGGGUGUGCCUGGGCGGCUCAGAGCUGCCCAAGUGGAGGCUCUAGCUGACUGCCUUUCCUUCUGAGGGGAAUGUUUUUUUCUGAGAUACAAUAAAAAUGAGCCACAUUGUGUUUUAAGCUUGUCCA